ACCCGGACCCCAAAUGAAACAUUUCGUAUAUAACUAAGGAGAGGGACACGGGGGUCUUCCAUUGCAAUGAGAACCCUCACUGCCAGCCGUAAACGGACCAUAACAAAGUUGCUCAGGGAAGUUCCAAGCCGGUCCCUGUGUACUCACUGUCCGCCGUCAACCUCUCAAGCUCCGGCCGACGCCGCCAGAUCUCGCGAGAUGAGAGCACGGUCUGUGGGAGUUGCAGCCGGGAGAGGGGAAGAAGGCAGGCGGCAUCAUGGCGGACAGAGACAGUGGGAGCGAGCAAGGAGGAGCGGCGAUGAGUUCCGGCGGCAGCUCGUUACACCCGGCCUCUGGCGUCGGGGGCUCGGCCCUGCAGCACGAAACCCAGGAACUGGCCUCCAAGCGGGUGGAUAUCCAGAACAAGCGCUUUUACUUGGACGUUAAACAGAACGCAAAGGGCCGCUUCUUAAAGAUAGCGGAGGUCGGGGCCGGUGGCAACAAGAGCCGGCUGACCCUCUCCAUGUCCGUGGCGGUGGAGUUCCGCGACUACCUGGGGGAUUUUAUUGAGCACUACGCCCAGCUAGGACCCAGUAACCCGGACAUGGCGCAGGACGAGCCCCGGCGGGCGCUGAAGAGCGAGUUCUUGGUGCGGGAGAAUCGGAAGUACUACAUGGACCUGAAGGAGAACCAACGGGGCCGCUUCUUGCGGAUCCGCCAGACCGUCAACCGCGGCCCGGGCCUGGGCUCCACGCAGGGUCAGACCAUCGCCCUCCCAGCGCAAGGACUGAUCGAGUUCCGCGAUGCUCUGGCGAAGCUGAUCGACGAUUACGGGGUGGAGGAGGAGCCCGCUGAGUUACCCGAGGGCACUUCCUUGACUGUGGACAACAAGCGCUUUUUCUUCGAUGUGGGCUCAAAUAAGUACGGGGUGUUCAUGCGGGUAAGCGAGGUGAAGCCCACGUACCGCAACUCCAUCACCGUCCCCUACAAAGUGUGGGCCAAAUUCGGGCACACGUUCUGCAAAUACGCCGAGGAAAUGAAGAAGAUCCAGGAGAAGCAGCGGGAGAAGCGGGCCUCCGAGCACCAGCAGCAGCAGGAGGAGGCCCCCGGGGAGGACGGAGAGGACGAUUGAUAACUGUAUAAAUGUUAUGUCUAAUAAACUGUAAAAGGAAUAAAAAAUUAAAUAAAGUAUAUAACUGUUAACUCCAAUGGGAGCACCGCCCACCAAACCUCCACAGACUGACAGAUUUUCAGACUUGUCACUCCCAUCGCUGGAUGUUGUCCACUUACCCACCAUAUAAACAGUAAGCAGCUGCUAAAACAAACAAAAAAGAAAAAGUAAUAACAUUAUAUAUUGAACUGUGUUUCCUACUUGAUUAAAAAUAUAAAGGAUUGAGUGUUUAUUUCCCUAAUUAACCAAGAACUUUUGUACACCUGCUAUUAUUAUUAUUAUUAUAAUUAUUAUUAUUAAAGUGUUUGCAAUGGUCAGAUUAUAAAUAAGAAGAUGCUGAAUUAUAUUAAAAAAAAUCCUUUUCAUGUGAGCUAACAUUUGACUUUAGCACAAAAGAGAUAUUUUAGAACACGUAAAUAUUUUUAGUUUUCUCAUUUUGUUACCGAAAUUCGAACCUUACAUGGAGGUGGUUAGAAUAUUUGACACCUUAUAUACCUGUGAUUAGAGACAUGUACAUAAUGAGGGCUAGGCAUGCUGUGUGUCUGAGCUUUGUCUAAAUGUUAUGCAGAGGUCUGUAGAGUUAAAGGUACAUAGGUUAAUUCAUGCAAGGUAAAUAAAAAGUGCUCUUUUUUUUACGAUAUGCAUUGCAUCUGGACCUAGAGCAUAAAUGGUCAGUAAAAACUUAUGUGAACAUGAAACAAAUUAUUAAAAAAAAAAACCAAAAACAUUUUAAAUGAA